CCUGCCGAGGAUCGCAGAGGAAGAAAACGGCUCAGACAGAAGCGGAUUAGCGGACUCAGCAGACUGUGGAUGUCUGUAGGUUCUGAGGAGAACAGCGACCCGAGCAAACCAUGAAGAACGAAGGCAUAGACGGGACGGAGCGGUUCCUGAGCCCGGACCGAGGCCGAGGCCUCCGGGCGGUGAGGCACUUCGCGGUGGGGGAGCUGGUGUUCGCCUGUCCUGCCUACUCCUACGUGCUGACGGUGAAUGAGAGGGGGGCUCACUGCGAGCACUGCUUCACCAGGAGAGAAGAUCUUUUUAAAUGCGGUAAAUGUAAGCAGGCCUACUACUGCAAUGUUGACUGUCAGAGAGGCGACUGGCCCAUGCAUAAGCUGGAGUGUGUCGCCAUGUGUGCAUAUGGGGAGAACUGGUGUCCAUCAGAGACGGUCAGACUGGUGGCCAGAAUCAUCAUGAAGCAGAGAGUAACGACGGAUCGGACCCCCUCAGAACGGCUGCUGCUGCUCAAAGAGUUCGAAGCACAUCUGGAUAAGAUGGACAGUGAGAAGGAGGAGUUAAACCAGGCUGACAUUGCGGCUCUGCACCAUUUCUACUCCAAACACAUCAGUGACCUCCCUGACGACCAGGCUCUCACUGAGCUCUUUGCACAGGUCAACUGUAAUGGUUUCACCAUAGAGGACGAAGAGCUCUCCCAUCUAGGAUCAGCUGUUUUUCCUGAUGUAGCGCUGAUGAACCACAGCUGUAGUCCAAAUGUUAUCGUGACCUAUAAAGGCACAGUGGCGGAGGUCAGAGCCGUUCAAGAGAUAAACCCAGGGGAAGAGAUCUUUGACAGUUACAUAGACCUGCUAUAUCCAACAGAGGACCGGAGAGAGAGGCUAUUAGAGUCCUACUUCUUCAUGUGUCAGUGCACAGAGUGCACCACCAGGUCUAAGGAUAAAGCAAAAACGGAAGUCAGGAAGCUGAGCUCUCCACCAGAACCAAAGGAAAUCCAGUCUAUGGUCCAUUAUGCCAAAAAUGUCAUUGAAGAGUUCAGAAGAGCCAAGCACUACAAAAAUCCCAGCGAGCUGCUGGAGAUGUGUGAGCUCAGCCUGGAGAAGAUGGGAGCUAUUUUUGCAGACACCAACGUCUACAUGCUGCACAUGAUGUAUCAGGCCAUGGGCGUGUGUCUCUACAUGCAGGACUGGGACGGCGCCAUGAGCUACGGGGAGAAAAUCGUUCAGCCGUACAGUGUUCACUACCCGACCUACUCUCUGAAUGUGGCGUCCAUGUACCUGAAGCUGGGCCGUCUCUACUUGGGGCUUGAAAAGAAAUCCCAAGGUGUCAAAGCUUUGAAAAAGGCGUUGGCCAUCAUGGAGGUGGCUCAUGGGAAAGACCACCAUUAUGUAGCAGAGGUCAAACGGGAAAUCCUGGAUCAGAAAUAAACGAGGAGAAAGAAAAUCAAACUUGGGACCUCCUUAAAAAGCAACAAAACACACUUCUUCAAAGCAUGGCAUGCAUCUUUUACCUCUGUUUUUACACCUUUCUUAUUUUCCUGCCUCACUUUAUGCACAUGCCUUCUGAUUGGAUUAUAUUUCUUAUCUUUCCCUGAUUUCUUCAAAUACUGGACUUUAACUAGAUUUGCUUUUUUGAAUUAAUUUAAAAACACCUGUAGUAUUUUGUUUUUCAUCCUCAAACUAAACUCAUAGUCCCGCCUUUUAAAGCUGCCUUCUGAAGAAAGUCAAGCUUUCGUCUGGUAGCUUCCACCUUCGUCCUGCUUUUCCACUCAGUGUCUUGUGGGUUCGUCUCCAGACUGUUUGUGUUUUUGCAGCAUCGCGAGCUGCAUGUGUCCUUCCAGAUUAGUUACUGAGUCACAGCCUGUCUGUUUACCACCAGAGCACAGUUUAUGGUCGCACAUGCUCUCAGUGAAACUGUGAUUUUAACACUAAGACUGACCAUGCAUCAAACACUCUGUAGCAACAGAGAGGUCUCUCAGCGCGUUUUGGUUUGUUGAAAGGAAGUGUUGCAUGCUUGACUUAUUAUGCAUUUGUUUAUAUUUCUCUUUGUCUUUUGUCAAAUGAAGUGAUCAGUUCAUGUCUUGGCUGUUCUCUUUUCAAAAAAGAAGAGAAUAAGAAAGAUAUCACAUCAAAGCUGAAAACAACACUGUAUAUUUUUUUAUUUACUGCUAAAAAAAUGAUUGCAUAUACAUUAUUACAGUACAGUAUUCUGUACUUUUUUUGUCAUUCUGUGUUUUAGCCGAUUAGUCGGACAAUCUGCUCGAGUAGCAAGCCUGCAGUCGGCUGCAUUACAGACGUCCAGUUUGCAGCGAAGUAGCAUAAGGGUGAUGUUGAUGCUGCUUUAGUUUCUACAUAAUCAGUGUUUGUGCUUUUCACAACUGGAAAUAUUUCCAAAUAGAUGUUUUUCUUUAUUACAAAUAAAUGAGCAGAGUGUAGGUUUUAUUCAGCCAGCUGACCGGCAGUUGACUGAUUGUAUGACCUUGGCAGAUCAGGAUACCAGUAACCGACCCAAAGCGAAACACUCGGGGCCUGGGAAUGAACGGCGGACUGAGAUUUGACCAAAUGUUCUGAGAGGUUCUGCCAAGGAUCCGGCCAAAACCGGAGCCUCUAGUUCUGUCAUAAAAGCAGAAACUCUGUAUUUUGUCUUUUAUUAUGUUUUGUUUUUUGCAGUUUUCUAGAAAAGCAUAUUCUCAUCAGUCUGGGUUUGACGUUAACAUGCACUAACAAGGUUACAUAUCUACAUUCUAUAAGAAAUAUUUCUUUAUGUAAUUUUGAAAAAUGUUCCUGCUUCACAUUUCUCAGUGCUUACUGUCAUGUUUGAAUUAUAAACUUGAUGCUUUUUGCUUAAUUUGCACCACAGCGCAUCAGAAAAAUCCAACCUGUGAAAAACCGUUACAGCAGAAAUUAUUAAAUACUAGCAAGACAAGUCUAUUUUAUAACUUUCAGGCAGAUACAAACCCUCACUCUAAAGUGUGAGGCAGGUGCCGAUUGUAAAAUUAUAGCUUUUUUGUAGACUAACUGCAAAAAAAUGUACCUUGUAUUUUUUGGCCUAGUAUGUAGUGAAAAUAUCUCAGUACUCUUGAAAUGGGACAAAACUAACUUAUAAGUAGCUUUUCAGCAAGAUAUAGUAGUUUGUUUUGAGUAAAUAAUUCAUUAAUAUAGUUUUUUUUUAACUACAGGUUUCCCUGGCAUAUUAUUUCACUUAUAAAAUGACUAGCAGCUUAUUAGUGAAAUAAACUGCUAGUGAAACUAGUACGUUUUAGUCAAUAUUUAGGAAUCACUGAUUUAAAACAAACUACUGCUUCUUGCUGAAAAGUUACUUGUAUGUUAGUUUUUUCUUAUUUUAAGUGUUAACUUAGAUAUUAACACUUGAAUCUAGACCAAAAAUACUUGGUAGCAUUUUUUGAUUUUGCAGUAUAAAUCUCCUAAAACCAUUGAGAAAUACUUUUUCCCCCCCCCUUUUUUUUUGAUGUUUUAGCUCUUAAUUUGACAGGCAAUGAAAGCUUUGAAGCAAAGAUCACCUGGGCCUUAUCUAAGGGUUUUCCUUGCACUCUUCUUUUAUAUUCUCAAUGUGACUAAAUGAUGUCAAAAGACAAACUUAAACAUGGUUUGUACAUGAAGUGGACAGUUUUGGUGUCAGUGGAUUGUCAUCAGAAACCAGUAGCUUCUCUUUUGUUUACUGUUCAGUGAAUUCAAAUCACCACAACAAUGUGGCCUACAGACUGACAUUAAUGACCUUGCGAGGAGUUUUCUGUGGUUGUAUUUGUAGCAUCACCUUCUUAUGUGACUGUCAACUCUAUUAAAAAAACGAUGCAUCUGCAAGGUGCCUGCCUUAUAGCUGUAAUGUGAAAAGCACCAUUUCAGCAGCUCAGUACAGCCCACAUAAUCAUUUUUUGUAGAUUUCUGCAAGAGAACAAGAUACAGAGGCUUUGCACAAGCCAAACACUGUCUGGACUGUCUGUCCAAACUUAAGCGCAGCAUUUAGUAAGACUUUUUUUUUCCCCCUCGGAUGUUCAAACGAAUCUGUUGUUUUGUAAUUCUUUGUAAUCCUUUCUGCAUGUUUCUGGAAUAAAUUACCAAGCAUGAAUGUUAUUCUGUUGGAAUGCAAAAAAAAUGUAAGUCUAUAAUUUUUCAUUAUGUUUUAAAUGAAAACUAAUAAAUGAUGAUUAAACUAUU